AUGAAGUUUGGCCGGAACCUCUCGCGAAACCAAGUCCCUGAGUGGGCGUCUGCCUAUAUCAACUACAAAGCCCUUAAGAAGCUGAUCAAAGCAGCUGCCGAGGGUGAAAAGCAGGAUGGAAACCUCGAUCUUGCUGGAUUCUUCCACACAUUGGACCGAAACCUCGAAGAUGUUGACCAUUUCUACAAUAAAAAGUUCCAGGACUUCUCCCGUCGUUUGAAACUCCUUGAAGACUGUUACGGCCUCUCCCCACUAGCUGCUGCCCAGCUCGACUCUGAAGAACGCGAAGACCUGUUGGCCGCCCUCCUAGAACUCCGAGGCCAGUUGCGAAAGCUCCAGUGGUAUGGCGAGGUGAAUAGAAGAGGGUUUAUCAAGAUUACGAAAAAGCUCGAUAAGAGAAUCCCUACAGCUCAUGCGCAAAAGAAAUACCUUGAACUCAAGGUAGAUCCCUCUGCCUUUGCUACAAACGCCCAGCUAUUUGCGUCAUUGAAUAAAAUCAAUGACUGGAUCUCGGUUCUUGGGGAGGUGGCAGCAUCCGCCAACAACGACGAUGUUACUUCCAUAUCCUCCGCUUCAUUGAAGCGUACAACGUCGAGGCCCUCCAUCAAUCUUUCCGUCGAACAAUUGACCAAAGCCGAGUUGAAUAUCCGUCAAGACGAUGCCACUAGUCUUGCGGAAUGGAUCAAGGGAAUCACGAAAUCCGGUUCCGAGGAUGCUGACCUAGCUGUUCAGCAACUUUUGAAAAGUCUUCUUCAGCGCGCUAUUUCUUCUCGAAGCCGGAGCUGUACCGCAUGUCUCUUACGAGAAGUCGUCUUCUUGGACGAUCCAGAUGAUAUCAAUCGUCGGAAUUGUAUUCAUCGGCUAAUUGUCUCCAUUGGUCGGAAACAGUCCAACGCCGACUUUGACCCGUCUACCGAACAAGUUCUGGAUGCUGAAACCGAGCUUUACAAUUUCAUCACGCCGGCUACGCAUCCAUCGGUACCAUUCAAGCGUUCUGUCUUGCAAGACGACCAGCGACGACAAAUCCUUAGCCGGGAGGAUGAAAACAUAUCGUUUCUCCAAUUCCUCUUGGACAACCUACAGCUUGUUCAACGCUCUUCAUUGAUGGCGAGGGACAGUGCUGGUCGGACUCCUCUCCACCUCGCGGCGGAAUAUGGUAUCCGAGUAAUGUGUGAAAUUAUCAUUGAGCAUCUUCAAGCAUGGAGGUUAUUCGAUGUCUCCCAGGGGAUUGAUGGACCGCAAUGGCAAGAUAACGAUGGCUGGGCACCAUUACAUCUCAGCGUGAUUGGCGGUCAUCCGUUAACCACCCAAACAUUGCUCGACGCUGAGCAAAGCGUCGCUCCCGAUGUCUCAGAAUCCACAAUCCGACGAAAUUCCCCCAAGUCAUCCGCCGUAUUGGCUCUCGCGACCAAGGCCAACUUCAUUGACAUUGUCCGUCUCCUUGUGAAAGCCGGCGUUGAUAUCAACUAUCAAGACGAGCAAGGUGAUACCGCACUACAUGUGGCUGCGAGAUUCGGUCACUUAGAAUGUGCAAAGCUGCUGUUGGAAGGCUCCCAUCUGCAAAAGGCGAACACCGAACUGUGCGAAAAGACCUAUGGAUGGACACCUUUAUUCAUAGCUUGUGUUGAUGGCCAUCUUCCAAUUGUCGAACUCCUCAUUGACGGUGGAGCGGACCUCGAAAAACUUGAUUCAUCAGGUUGGAACGCCAAAGAACACGCGGCUCUCAGAGGUCAUGUUGGCAUUGCUCAAAAGCUCGCCAGCGUCAUGCCUGAACUCGAUGCUGAUGAUGAUUCGUCGGUUGCCUCGACAUCUCCUCCGGUGUAUUCAUCUCUGACGGAGAGAAGCUCCAAUGGUAUAGGAUCCCAGGGCGCUCUCAAUGUCAGCGAGCCUGUCAAAACCUUUGGUCAUCGGUAUCUGACGGAUAAGAGUAUGAUUUUGGUCAGCCUCGGAACCAUGGACACUCGUAAAAAUAUUCGAGCCGUCAACCUUGACCGCAUACCAUUGGCAAAUGCGCAUUCAACACAGUUGGAUACCGCAUUGUCAAUUGUUGUCUCGGCCAAAUUUGCAGAGGGGGAGGCCGAAGUGAUCGAUCUCCCGGUCCAAGAUAACAUCUCGACGGAGCCAAUAGUCUUUCAUGCACCAGACCCGUCCAAAGUCAAGCUACUCUUCGACUUGAUUCCGACCUAUUCGGGAUCUACAGAACGAAUUGUUGGACGUGGAGUAGCACUACUCUCGAGUAUCAAAUCAAGCUUGGGCGCAAAGAGAAUGCCGUUACAAGGGGACGUAACAGUGCCCAUCGUAGCGGCAAACAAUCUCGAAGUUAUCGGUUCCGUCACCUUCAACUUCCUGGUCAUUACGCCCUUUAAGCAUCCAAACAUGUCAGUCACGGAAAAUCAGACAUACUGGAAGAGUAUGGCAUCAACCAUGGUCAUUGGUCAUCGUGGAUUAGGGAAGAAUUUCUCCGCCGGGAGACGAUCACUUCAGCUGGGUGAAAACACCAUUCAGUCAUUCAUUGCCGCUGCGAAUCUGGGUGCUUCUUACGUGGAGUUCGAUGUACAGCUGACGAAAGACCAUGUCCCUGUUAUCUAUCACGACUUCUUGGUCAGUGAAACAGGUAUCGAUGCUCCAGUCCACACUCUUACUCUCGAACAAUUCCUGCAUGUCAAUGACAUGCGAACUCCUCGCCAUUCAAGACCCGCCUCUCCAGUUCCAUUCGAAAACCCCAAAUUGAGCAACCUCAAGAACAGUGAGUCGAGGGCAUCGAGACUAAGAUCUAUGUCUGUCGGCGGAGGUGAUAUUGUCGAUUCGAUUGAUAUGGAAGAGCGUAUGAAACAUACGAGAGACUUCAAGAAGAAAGGCUUCAAAGGCAAUAGCCGUGGCAACCAUAUCCAAGCCCCUUUUGCCACCUUGGAGGAAAUGUUCCACAAACUUCCCAAAAGUGUUGGUUUCAACAUCGAAAUGAAGUAUCCGAUGCUCUCGGAGAGUGAAGAUGAAGAAAUGGACGCCUAUGCCGUCGAACUCAAUUCGUUUGUCGAUGUUGUGCUCACAAAAGUUUAUGACCUGGGCAAGGGAAGAAAUAUCAUCUUCUCCUCCUUUAAUCCGGAAGUGUGCCUUUUGCUGUCUUUCAAACAACCGAGUAUCCCCGUUUUGUUCCUCACUGACUCUGGUACGGCGCCCGUCGCAGACGUCCGCGCUACCAGUCUCCAGGAGGCCAUCCGAUUCGCAAGUCGGUGGAAUCUGCUCGGCGUGGUCACUGCUGCGGAACCUUUGAUUGCCGCUCCUCGCCUCGUUCGCGUUGUGAAGGAGAGCGGAUUGGUCUGUGUCAGCUAUGGCACAUUGAACAAUGAAUCCGACAAGGUCAAGUUGCAGGUCAAGCAGGGCAUUGACGCUGUGAUUGUCGACAAUGUACUUGCCAUUCGACGCGGUUUGACUGGUGAAGACAAAUCGAAAUCAGAUACCAAGCCGAAUGGAGGGACCAAACCCACGGGAAGUCUAGAGAAGAGGUUGACCGGAAGUACGGAGAGUCUAGAGAUUCCUGUCUUGACCAAGGCUCCAUCGCCUGAAGACGUCGUCAGGAAGGGCCAUGGCGUUAUUGUCAAUGGGACCAGGGGGAAUGAUGGGACGAGCGGUAUUUAG